UGACUAUUCUCGCCAAAAUAGAUGAUGUAGUUCCCUGUGAAACGGAACCUGCUAUUACAUUUCUCAGUCUUAAUUUCAUAUUCUCUUUGUAUAAUGAAUCAUCGCUGCAUAAUUGUUUUUAGAUGAUACCUCAUUAUCUCUGUUGAAUAUAGCGUUGAUCAAUUUUUGUAAUUUUUGAAAAAAUAGUGACUAUGAAGAAUAAUUAUGAUAGAUCAUCAGAAGUGUAUAUCUUCCUGUAAAAAUUUAAUUUAUAAUUCAGUUGAUCGUUAGUAGAGUAACAUAGAAAUGAAUGAAAUUACGUCAGUGUUAUUCUGAGCGAAAUAGAUUUCCUUGCCACUCUUGACUUUACCUUCACUUUGUCCUUGAACAUGUUUCGCACUUGCCUAGACCUAACUAUGUGGAUCAUGGAAUCUGUAACGAGAUCGUUAGUUGUAUAAUUAUACAUAUUACCAUAGAUCUUCUUCAUAGUCUAUAAAUUAACAUAGUCAGUCCUUGACAUUACUGUGUUCAUUACUGAGCACGUUAUAUCGUGGACUAGAUCAAUUUUUCUUCAAGAUCAAACUAUUUAAAAAAGAAAACUAAAACAUUCUAAGAAACUUAGGAUUGUAAUAAUGUAAAAUAGUGAACGAGAAGCUUAAGUUUGAAUUUCAGUUUAUUUGAAAAGAUUUUUAGCAGAGCUUCUACAUCCAAAUUUUAUUCAAGAAUUUAUCAGGAAAGGAAAACCUAUAAACGAACGAUUUUAUCGCGAACGUAUCGAAUUUAUGCAAAGGUACGCAGCACAUUGGAAUUCUAUGUGCGACCUGGAAGAGGUACGAAUCGAGCUGAAGAAGAAAGAGGAAAAGAAAGAGAAGAAUGGAAGAGAGGACUUUCUUGAACACGUUUCAGCUCUCAAACUCUCAGAUCUGACUACUCUGCUUCUGUAUCGCUGUCAAACACUGUGUCUCUUUUUUCUUUUAUUUUAAAACCUGUUGAAGCAUAAUGUAUAGACGACUGAAGAAAUGUAGCAACGGUGUAAUAAGAAAGGAGGUAUACGUUCGAUUUUAUUCGGAUAAUCCAGGAAAGUGUGAAAUUGAAGGGAAACUUUUCAAAGAUAUUCCUGGACCGAGAUCAUUGCCUAUCAUUGGAACGCUUUAUAAAUAUCUACCGUUAAUUGGUGAAUAUAGUUUUACAAAGUUGUACGAUAGUGGAAGAAAAAAAUUGAAUCGUUUCGGUCCUUUGGUACGCGAAGAAAUAGUGCCGAAUGUAAACGUUGUGUGGGUUUAUCGGCCAGAGGACAUAGCUGAGAUCUUCAGGGCCGAAUCUGGUUUACAUCCGGAAAGAAGAAGUCAUUUAGCUCUUCUGAAAUACCGAAAAGAUCGUAGCGACGUGUACAGCACUGGGGGCCUCUUACCCACGAAUGGACCAGAAUGGUGGCGACUGCGAAAAGAGUUUCAAAAAGUUACCAGCAAACCUCAAGAUAUAAUUAAUUAUCUGGAAGAAACAAAUUGUGUUGUUCAAGAGUUUGUUGAACUAUGCAACAAUGAAAGAUUUGAGGAUUUUCUAGAAAUUCUAUCACGACUAUUUCUUGAAUUAACAUGUUUAAUUGUGUUUGAUGUAAGACUGAAUAGUUUCUCAGAAAAAGAAAGGUGUAAGGAUUCUAUAAGUUCAAAAUUAAUUGAAGCUGCUUACACAACAAAUAGUGCAAUCUUAAAAUUAGACAAUGGUUUGCAAUUUUGGCGUUUUUUCGACACACCGUUGUACCAAAAAUUACGUAAAGCACAAACAUUCAUGGAGACGAUUGCAUUGGAACUGGUAUCAAGUAAACAGAAGGAUAUGCAAGCAAGGUGUUGUAAGAAAUCAUUUCUAACUGCUUAUUUGGAAAAUCCUGCUCUAAAUAUUAAGGACAUUGUAGGCAUGGCUUGUGAUAUGCUGCUUGCUGGUAUAGACACUACUACCUACAGUACUGCUUUUGCUUUGUAUCAUCUUGCAAGAAAUCCGAGUACUCAAGAUAAAUUGAGAUCAGAAGCCAUGCAAUUAUUACCUGAAUGCAAUCAACCAGUAACAGCAGAUGUUUUAAGAAAUGCAAGUUAUACCAAAGCUGUUAUUAAAGAGAGUUUGCGUUUAAAUCCUAUUUCUGUAGGAAUAGGGCGUAUUUUGCAGACUGAUGUUAAUCUUAAUGGAUACCAGGUGCCUAAAGGGACCGUGGUUGUAACACAGAAUCAAAUCAUUUGUCGACUUCCUGAAUAUUUUAACGAGCCAGAUACAUUUAUACCAGAAAGAUGGCUUCGCGAAAAUGUAGAUAGGAAAGGAAAAUCUGUACAUCCGUAUGUAUUAUUACCCUUUGGUCAUGGUCCUCGUUCUUGUAUUGCUAGACGUUUUGCAGAACAAAACAUGCAAGUCUUAUUAUUGCAGAUAUGUAGGCGCUUGAAAUUUUCUUGGCAUGGAGAUGAACUUGGUAUGAUAUCUUUACUAAUUAACAAACCGAGUGGCCCAGUGAAGUUAAGUUUUGAUAAAAUUUAAAAACAUUUAUAAAAAGAAAUGCAGUAUUAAGGAAAA